AUGAUGGACGUUCAAAUAACGGUGACACCGCCGUCAAAACCUCGUCAGAAUCCGUUCAACUCGAUCUUCCGUCAGAAGAGACAAGCUCUACCACCGUGGUGUGUCUGCGAGCCACCCAGGAUCACAUGUCCACCAGGACCACCUGGUCCACCUGGCCAGCCUGGACAGCCUGGUAACCCUGGUCCUCCUGGUCAGCCCGGAAGAGAUGACAUGACUGUCUACGCUCCCAUUCACUGCCCAGCUCCUGAUCGUUCUUGCAUCAGAUGUCCGCCGGGACCUCAAGGACCGCCUGGACCCGAUGGACCUCCAGGACAUCCAGGAAUGGACGGCAGACCAGGAAACCCUGGCCCUCGCGGAGAGAAUGGCAAACCGGGACCACAAGGUCCCCCAGGAGACGGAGGAACUCCAGGACAUCCUGGAAUGGAUGGGCGACCUGGACAACCCGGUCAGGACGGACGCAAAGGCGUUGGACGGCAAGGAAUGCCUGGAAUGCCUGGAGCACGUGGAGAACCCGGCAAAGCGGGAGCUCGUGGAAACGAUGGUGCACCGGGUACACCUGGACACCAGGGACCACCUGGACUUGCGGGAACUCCCGGAAACAAGGGCAUGGACGGCCAACCGGGAACCGCCGGAAUGCCUGGACGUCCGGGAAGAGACUCCACCUACUGUCCUUGUCCUCGCCGCAGUAUGGCGCUCACGAAGAAGAAAAAACUCUGA